AUGAAGCUGGUUUUUGUUGCAAUCUUAAUUAUUGGAACUUCAGCUGGUUCUCCAGGCUACAAUUUCUUUCCAACUCCAUCAGCACUCUCCUGUGGUGAUAUUGAAACUCUAGUCAAUCAACUAAGUCCAGAUGCUCGUGAAGCUCUCAAAAGUCGAGUUUUAGAUCGUCCAGGAUUGCUCAACCUUGGCGAAAUUUUAGGUGGAAAUCUAUUGGUCAAUCUUCUUGACAGUGUAGUGUCAAGUCUGAACAUACUGAACCUCGAUAAGAUCUUGUUGGAUGAUAUUUUAAGACCCUUAAUUGUCAUGCCUGACAGAGAUUUUAACACUGACCCGUCUUGGAGAUGCUUGGUCAACUUGUUUGAAUCUGAAGAUUAA